CUAUGAGUGUAUACAAGAUAGCAAAAUCAUGAGACUAUGUGAAAGCAAAAAUAUCACAGCUAAUGAAAUACAUAUCUUGAAUAUGGACUAUCCUGGUUAUACACGCAAUUGGAAAGAUGGACCAAGUAGCAAGAUCAAACCUUCUUGCCACUGUAUUGUAGAUUCAGCAUCCUCAAAAAAUGUUGUUGUAACAAUGGUACGAUCAUUUGUUCUGUUUGGAGAAAAUAAUAUAGUGAUCCAAGGUGAAAAUGAACAAUGUACAGUUGGUAUUGGAUUUGAUGAGUACAAUACAGGGCAAGAAGUACACGAUGGUAGUCUACCUAUGCAUUUUGUAUACAAUUAUGGAAAAAUUGAAGGACUUUAUUUAAUAUGGUUCAACAUCAAAUCUGAUGAUGGUGGUGAUAUAACACUUCAAUGUGAGGAAUCUGAGGCCACAGUGGAUGACACUCUGCCUCAAGUUUGCCAGGCAGUCACCAGAGCAUCUACAAGAUCACCAAUUACAACAACAGCUACCAAGCAUUUUACCUCAACUCAAGAUUUAUCUACAUCUCAUAGUUUGACUCCAGAUCAUUCAAUAAGCCAAAAUACAAAAGAAAUAAUAGCAGAAUCAACCACACAAAUGACAACUUACCCAAAACAAACCAGAGAGACUGUACCAACAAGUGAGAGUUCCACAGUUAGAGGAGAUGAUACAACUACACUGUUACAUGUAACAAAUAUAUAUGAAGACCUCAAAAAUGGAGAAACAAACAAAAAGGAGGAUGAAGAUUACGAUUUAGGCUUGAUCAUUGGUUGUGUAUUAGCUGUGGUUGUGGUUUGUGUUGUUGUGCU